AAUCAAUCGAUUACCAUAUCAGUAAUCACAUCAGAUUAACAUACCGAAUCCUUGCAAUGACACAAUUGUCCAUCCUCAAAAUAGUAUACCAAGCGGUCAAUCAUGGAUCAUCAACCUGACACGAGGAACGCCACCAAAGUCAACCACUAACCUAACUCAUUGUUCGAAACUCUUUCACAUUAAUAAUAUUGACUCCGAGCCUCGCUCAUACUAGCCGCCGAGAUGCCGAUCUCCCUCGGGAUUUUCCUUCAGUUUCUUAUCUCCGGCCACAGUUCCUCUACCUCAGGUGUGGAUCUAUAUCCGUUCGGGUGGUGGUCGCGACCUGCAGCCUGCGGCAGAGAGGGUGUGAUGACCCUGUCCUGUCCUGUCCCGGCUGUCCCUCUCCUGUCCAGCCUACCGAUCGGGCCCGGAAGCGGCCCGAUCAGCCUUAACGUGACUGUUUACUACGGUCGCAAACUGAACCUUAGACAGCUAGUCACUCGACAGUUAGUAGUCGUUCGUGCGCAGCACAGGAUAAACUUAUGGAAUGUAUGAUGAACAUGGGUAAGAGGUGUUUAUCUUUAUCGCGAAAUAUUGUUACACUUGAUUGGUUGCCUUAGCUGCCUCAGCUUACUGAGCUGAACGGUACGGAAUUUCUAUAGCAUCUUAUUCCGAACGCACGAAGGUGCAUACUUCGUAAGUGG